AUACCGGUUGGCAAAACUGACAAGGGGCAGGGCUGGGGAGAGGAUGGGGGUCUCCAGAAUCUGGAAUUAGCUAGCAGCCACGCUUGUGAAUCGUCUUUUCCAAGGAACUAGAGGCCACGGAAAGAAUCAAGAACCAUUAGAGGAGGAAGGUGCUUCAAAGUCCCUUUGGUGGUUGUGCCCAAAAUCUCGCAGCCAACGGACAAAAGGCCAAGGCCAGACUGCCUCCUACAGCAUCAACUGCCCGUCACACUUUUCCCUCCGGUUCAUUUUACUCUUGCGAACUCACAGCCUCCACAGUCUGGUGGCCAGAGAGUCAGGUGCGCCCAGGGAGCAACUACAGUAAAGCCUCGGCUUCGACUUCACAGCAAAGCUUGGCUUAGCAGGGCCUCUUUUCUGGACAUCUUGUGGCCUGCGGAGAUGACUUGUUAUUUCGUGAUACGACGCUACAGGUUAUGAAUACAAACAGCGGGGCUUGGCUCCGGGCUUCCAGCCGCCUCGCGUUGGGGUCUAGCUGUCUCUCCAGAACCCUUCCCGCCCCGCGCCAGAGGGAGGAAGCAAGCGGAAGGGGCGGGUUUUGCGACCGGACGGGAGGCCCCGGCCACCAUGGCUUCUCGUGGGGUCGUGGGCGUUUUCAUUCUGUCUGCUCUCCCCCUGUUGUGUCUGGAGCUCCGGCGUGGGAUCCCGGAUCUAGGAAUUAAAGAUCUGAUUUUGCUAUGUGGCCGGAUCUUCUUACUGCUUGCUCUUCUUACUUUAAUUAUUUCUGUGACUACCUCAUGGCUUAACUCAUCUAAAUCUUCCCAAGUUUAUCUGACAGAAGAAGAAGAGAAGAAUGAGAAAAGGCAAAAACUUGUGAGAAAAAAACAGCAAGAGGCACAGGGUGAAAAGGCCAGCAGAUACAUAGAGAAUGUUUUAAAACCACACCAGGAAAUGAAGUUGAGAAAACUGGAAGAGCGCUUUUACCAGAUGACUGGUGAAACCUGGAAGUUAAGCAGUGGCCAUAAACUUGGGGGUAAUGAAGAUUUGGAAACUGGAAAUAAGACAUCUUUAGAAACAUCAAACAGAGAAGCAGAGAAGAGACGGAACUUGCCUAAGCCUUUAACCAAAGUUUCACCAUCUGCUGAACAGCCUAGGCAGAAAGAGGUUCUUGAUUUACCUGCAGAACCUCCUGACUCAGCUGAAGAAGUAGUUACUGUUGCUCUCCGAUGCCCAAAUGGGAAUGUCAUGAAGAAAAGGUUUUUUAAGUCUUGCAGUUCACAGGUUUUAUUUAACUGGAUGAUGAAAAUUGGGUACCACACGUCCCUAUACAGCCUUUCUACUUCUUUUCCCAGAAGGCCUCUGGAGAUGGAGGGAGAUUUAUCACUGCAGGACAUAGGAAUAACUGUGGAUACUGUACUCAAUGUGGAAGAGAAAGAGCAGAGCAACUAGUCAAGAAAUGAGAACUACCUGUUCUACAUAAAAUCGGUUAUGCCAUGACCUUACUGGACAAUAAAGGAUUCACAUUAAAAUCAUGCCAUACCUUGAUUGAACUCAAAGGAGUAAACACUUUGAUAUCCAUAGGGGAUAGAUAGACAUAAAGGAUUAGAAAAGGAUUGCUCUCUGUAUGUAAUAGUUUUUUUGGUAACAUGUCAUCUUAUACCAAAUAAGAAUAAUGUAAUAAUGUAUAUAACAACAUAUUCAAUAAUUUCUGUUUUUCCUAGCUGACAUCAUUUAACAGUAUGUUGAAAGCAAAGUCAUACUGACUAGUAUCUGCUCUUUAGUCCAUCACAAUUCAGGACUUUAAUUCUGCUGGCCAACACCUUGACUGCAGCCUAAUGAGAGACCUUGAGUCAGACCCGCACAGCUAAGCCCCUCCUAGAUUCUGACCCACAGAAAUUGUAGGGAAUAAUGUUUUUGCUAUUGUGUUUUGGGGAAAUUUGUUAUGUAGUAAUAAAUAACUAGUACAGGAAAUAUUCAGGGCUCUUUCCCCAACCAGAAGUUCUUAAGAGUGACUCUCUUUUCUGAUGUAUUGUUUGGUUUCUCUAGUUGUUGAUAUCUCUAAUCAGGGAUCCUUUCAAAGACUCAGUAAAGCUUCCAGCCAUCAUUCUAUGACAGACUCAAAUGAAAAUAGGUAUGGACAAAAAAAGAAAAUGAACAUUUUGGGGCCUCCCUCGUGACGCAAAGGGUUAAGUCUCAGCACUAUGCAGCUAUCUGCAGCCAUUGCAGCACCAGUUCGAUCCACGGCUAGGGAGCUAACCCACAUGGCACAUCACACCUGUGCCAUGCUCCCCUCAGCAGUGUAUUUCAGUAGAUAUGCCUGUUCUGUACCCCACUCUGACUCUGGUGAAUCCUCACACCUCUGGCCUAUACCCCAGUUUUUGUGUGCAUACAUAAUCUUUAAAAAAAGAAAAUGAACAUUUCCACCUGUUCUGAUCACAAACUUUCAUAAGCUCUAUUUUCAGUUGUCCAACCACAUCCAUUUCCAGUAAUUUGAAUACAGAAACUGAUGCAUUAAAUAAAAAACUUUAUUAUCUUUUAAGCAGCCAAAAUUAGUAGUUCCUUAAAUUUGUGGAAUAAAAAUCCCUUCUGUGUGUCUGGUUUCUUUUUUA